CUCUGCCGCUGAAUGACAACGGCGUCGUCCAAUCGCGGAGGGCCGAGGGGGCGCUCGCCCCGCCCAGCGGCGGGCGGACUUCCGGGGCGCGGGGCAGGAAGCGGGAGAGGCGCAGGGCCUGCGGGCGGCGAGGCGGCAGGAUGUCUUCAGGCGCGCUCUUUCCGAGCCUGGUGCCAGGCUCCCGUGGCUCUUCGAGUAAAUACCUGGUAGAAUUCCGGGCAGGAAAGAUGUCCCUGAAGGGCAGCACUGUGACCCCGGACAAGAGGAAAGGCCUCGUUUACAUCCAGCAGACCGAUGAUUCCCUCAUCCAUUUCUGCUGGAAGGACAGGACCUCGGGCAAUGUUGAAGAUGAUUUGAUUAUUUUUCCUGAUGAUUGUGAAUUCAAAAGGGUUCCUCAGUGUACUACUGGGCGUGUGUAUGUAUUGAAGUUCAAGGCAGGAUCAAAACGACUCUUCUUCUGGAUGCAGGAGCCGAAGACAGACAAGGAUGAAGAACAUUGCCGUAAAGUGAAUGAGUAUCUCAACAACCCCCCAAUGCCUGGUGCUUUGGGUGGAAAUGCGAGCGGAGGCCACGAGCUCUCAGCAUUAGGAGGUGAGGGUGGCUUGCAAAGCCUUCUUGGAAACAUGAGCCAUAACCAGCUCAUGCAGCUGAUCGGACCAACGGGCUUAGGAGGACUUGGUGGGCUGGGUGCACUGACGGGUCCUGGCUUGGCCAGCCUACUUGGAAGCGGGGGACCCCCGACCAGCAGUUCAUCAUCCAGCUCUCGCAGCCAGUCAGCUGCUGUGACACCAUCUUCCACAACCUCUUCUACCCGUGUAACGCCUGCCCCGGCCGUUCCUGCAGCUGCAUCUGUGACCAGCCCGAGCCCUGUGCCGAGUUCGGGUAAUGGAACCAGCUCAGCCACGAGCCCAACCCAGCCCAUCCAACUGAGUGACCUCCAGAAUAUUUUAGCUACUAUGAACGUGCCAUCUGGAGCAGGAGGACAGCAAGUUGACCUGGCAACUGUUCUGACUCCCGAGAUAAUGGCUCCCAUUCUGGCCAACGCUGAAGUUCAGGAGCGGUUGAUGCCUUACCUUCCCUCAGGGGAGUCUCUGCCACAAACUGCAGAAGAGAUUCAGAACACCCUAACAUCUCCUCAGUUCCAGCAGGCAUUGAGCAUGUUCAGUGCUGCCUUAGCUUCAGGACAGCUUGGCCCGCUAAUGAGUCAGUUUGGCUUACCUGCAGAGGCCAUAGAUGCAGCAAAUAAAGGAGAUGUAGAAGCAUUUGCCAAAGCAAUGCAGAACAGUGUGAAGUCAGACCAAAAGGAAGGAGACUCUAAAGACAAGAAAGAUGAAGAGGAAGAUAUGAGUUUAGAUUAAAUUAUUUGCUCUUCCUUACAGAUAUCCUAGAUACUAACUUAAGCAACUGCAGUAGGAUUACUAACUUCAUAUUAUGCUUAUAUAAAUCUACAAAUAAAGGAAUUUUCUUUAUCUGCCA